AUUCACACACACUCCACGACUCUGUCUGUAUUUAUUUUGCAUCUCCAAGUUGCAAUCUCUUCUCUCUCAUUAGUUCCUUGUCUGUCCCUAACAUCAUCACAUGCACCUGCGAUCCCUACGAUCCCUUCCCAUGGUCUCGACCCUGCACCCGCACCCUCACCGCGCUUUCUAGAACCUUCUCUUCAGAUCUCUAUUCAUGGAAAUGGCUUCCACUCCCCGCACCGUCGAAGAGAUCUUCAAAGAUUACAGCGCUCGUAGAACCGCUAUCGUUCGUGCUCUCUCUCAAGAUGUCGAUGAAUUCUAUGGACUCUGUGAUCCAGAUAAGGAGAACUUGUGUCUCUAUGGACAUCCGAAUGAAACAUGGGAAGUGACUCUGCCAGCAGAGGAGGUUCCGCCCGAGCUUCCGGAGCCGGCUCUUGGAAUCAAUUUUGCUAGGGAUGGCAUGAACCGCAGGGACUGGCUUUCCCUGGUUGCUGUGCACAGUGAUUCGUGGUUGCUUUCUGUGGCCUUCUACCUUGGCGCUCGUCUUAACCGCAAUGAAAGGAAGCGGUUAUUUAGCUUGAUCAAUGACCUUCCUACUGUUUUUGAAGUUGUGACUGAGAGGAAGCCAGUGAAGGACAAGCCCACUGCAGACAGUGGAAGCAAAUCCAGGGGUAGCACCAAGAGAUCAAGCGAUGGGCAAGUUAAAAGCAACCCAAAGUUUGCGGACGAAGGUUACGAGGAAGAAGAUGAUGAGCAUAGCGAAACCCUUUGUGGGAGCUGUGGUGGAAAUUACAAUGCAGACGAAUUUUGGAUUGGCUGUGAUAUAUGUGAGAGGUGGUUCCAUGGUAAGUGUGUGAAGAUUACUCCUGCAAAAGCUGAGAGCAUAAAGCAAUACAAAUGCCCAUCAUGCAGCAUGAGGCGGGGCAGGCCCUAAACCGAAGGCAAUACAUGAAAUGAAUAAUGCUAUGUUGUGGCUGACAAGAUACUGUAAUAUUGUUACAUUUCUUGUAGAAGUUCUUGUAAGGGGUAUAGUAUCUAUGUCCAAUGGCAAUCUUUCAGAUUAAGUUAAUUUCUUCUGUCAAGAAUUCUCAGUGUAUGUUACAUAAUUUAUAGAAUAGAAUAUUAUACGUUCUGAUUUGUCGAUUAAUCUAUAUUUUGCUUCAAUAUACCCGAUCUAUGGUUAUUUUAC